GGUUUUAAAUUUAGGCUACAACUUUCGUUUUCCUUGUUCAGCAAGAAUCAGUGUGGUGUGUUUCCACCAAGAAAUUUACAAAUAUGAGCGACGCUGAAGCAAGUACCAGCGAGAGCAAACCUGUAGUGGUUUAUAUUGUACCAACAAGAAUUCAAAAGAAGCGUUUAAAGGAUAUCAAAUCUGCAGCCAGGCGGAAAAAACUAUCGAUUGUAGAGUCAUUCUGCCCAAAAGUGACCCACAUAGUGAGCGAGUUAGACAACAGAUUCAAAGUUGCACGCAAACUCAAAAUUGUGGAUUAUUCCAUAUUGAAAGGAAUAGAACUUCUUCGUCUUACAUGGUUUACAGCUUGUAUCAAAAAAGCUGAAAUAAUUCCAAUAGAGGAUGACCAUCGGAUACCGGAACCCCCUCCAGAGGAAGAAUGUGCAGCCCCCAUUGAGACAUUGCAACAGAUCGCUACUACAGAAUGGGCAUGUCAACGUGCCACGCCCCUUAGACACUUCAAUGAGAUAUUCUGUAACGCCCUUGAAGUAUUACAAAUGAAAGCCGAGUUCAUUGACAGUGGCCAGGAUCAUUUACGUUCCCUGGCUUUCCGCAGAGCCUCGUGUGUAUUGAAGUCACUGCCAUUCGUGAUCACAAACGUCAAACAGGUCAAAGGACAGAAAGAUAUUGGAGGUCAUAGCAGACAGGUCAUCAAGGAAAUUCUUGCAGAGGGAUUUGCUACAGAAGUAGAGGAAACACUAAAAGAUACAUGGUUUCAGAAAGUCAAGCUUUUCUCCACAAUAUUUGGAGUGGGACCAGCCACGGCCAAGAUCUGGGUGGAACAGGGUGUGAAUACGGUGGCAGAGGCCCUAGUAAAGUGUGAACGUAAGAAUUGGAUGGUCCAGUGGGGAUUGGCCUUCCAUGAUGACUUGAUUGACCAGGUACAGAUGAUUGAAGCAGAGAACUUGACCGCUGUGAUCAGAGCAGAGGCUGAGAGGAUUCUUCCUGGUGUCAUAGUAACACUGACCGGGGGAUUUCGCAGAGGUAAGCCCUGUGGCCAUGAUAUCGACCUGCUGUUCAGUCACCCGGAGGAGGGAAAAGAGGUGAGUUUUCUACCGAAGCUACUGACACAGCUGGAACAGAGAUCGCUUGUUUUGUGUGGAAAAUUGGAGAAGAGUUCCUACGGUGACAGGGUUUUGUCACGGGACUACAAUACAAAGGGACAUAUGGAUCACUAUGAGAAAUGGAUUGGACUUAUGAAACUUCCCAAGCGAUUCUGUCAUGAGAAGAUUAAUCCGAGUGAGUAUCGAUUUCUGAUGUCAAAUAACGCCCCGGUCCGCGGUAUUGAAACAUGUACAGCUGAAGAUUACGAACCACACAGCAAGAAACAACGGCUUUGUGAAGGGGACCCUACUCCAAUUUCCCUAGCCAACGCACCUCGUACAUGGACAGCUCGCAGAGUUGACCUUGUCAUUGCCCCCUACAGCAUGUAUCACUACGCCCUGUUAGGUUGGACGGGGAGUAAACAGUUCAACCGUGACAUUCGAUUGUAUUCACAGAAGACACUCAACCAGAAACUCACCAGCCAUGGACUUUGGAACUUUGAACAGAACAAGAAACUUACAGCUUCUAGUGAAGAGGAGAUAUUCGAGCAUUUAAGCCUUCCUUACCUGAAACCGUCUGACCGCAACUGUUGAGUCGUCCACUGCUGUUGUAAAUAUUCCAUGAUUGUGAGGAUGAAACUGAAAUGUAGAACUAUUAGAGACAUAUAGCGUUUUAGGUAGCCACGUAUCUUAACAUGUGUUUGGUAGCUCUGUGUAAGGAGAACCAUGUUUAUACCGACAACUCUCUACAUUGACAUCAGCUAUUUGUAAGGAGAACCAUGUUUAUACCGACAACUCUCUACAUUGACAUCAGCUAUUUGUUAGGAGAACUCUGUGAACACUGACCACCUCUCUACAUUGACUUAAGUUCUAUGUAAUGAGAACCCUGUGUAUACUGACCACCUCUCUACAUUGACUUAAGUUCUAUGUAAUAAGAACCCUGUGUACACUGACCACCUCUCUACAUUGACUUAAGUUCUAUGUAAUAAGAACCCUGUGUACACUGACCACCUCUCUACAUUGACUUAAGUUCUAUGUAAUGAGAACCCUGUGUAUACUGACCACCUCUCUACAUUGACAUUAGUUCUAUGUAAUAAGACCCCUGUGUACACUGACCAUCCUCUACAUUGACUUAAGUUCUAUUUAAUAAGAACCCUGUGUAUACUGACCACCUUCUACAUUGACUUAAGUUCUAUGUAAUAAGAACCCUGUGUACACUGACCACCUCUCUACAUUGACUUAAGUUCUAUGUAAUAAGAACCCUGUGUACACUGACCACCCUCUACAUUGACUUAAGUUCUAUGUAAUAAGAACCCUGUGUAUACUGACCACCUUCUACAUUGACUUAAGUUCUAUGUAAUAAGAACCCUGUGUACACUGACCACCCUCUACAUUGACUUAAGUUCUAUGUAAUAAGAACCCUGUGUAUACUGACCACCUUCUACAUUGACAUUAGUUCUAUGUAAUAAGAACCCUGUGUACACUGACCACCCUCUACAUUGACUUAAGUUCUAUUUAAUAAGAACCCUGUGUAUACUGACCACCUUCUACAUUGACUUAAGUUCUAUGUAAUAAGAACCCUGUGUACACUGACCACCUCUCUACAUUGACUUAAGUUCUAUGUAAUAAGAACCCUGUGUACACUGACCACCCUCUACAUUGACUUAAGUUCUAUGUAAUAAGAACCCUGUGUAUACUGACCACCUUCUACAUUGACUUAAGUUCUAUGUAAUAAGAACCCUGUGUAUACUGACCACCUUCUACAUUGACAUUAGUUCUAUGUAAGAAGAACCCUGUGUAUACUGACCACCCUCUACAUUGACAUUAGUUCUAUGUAAGAAGAACCCUGUGUAUACCAACCACCCUCUACAUUGACAUUAGCUUUAUGUAAGGAGAAACCUGUAUACACUGACCACCCUCUACAUUGACAUUAGCUAAGGAGAACCCGUGUAUACUGACUAUCUCUAAUGACCAAAGAGGAUGGCUGUUUUCUGACCAUUAUAUCCUGAUGUAAAAUCAGUUUUGGAAUUGGAAUCUAGAGUAUGCGAAAAAAAGACACAUUUGUACAUUUCAUCUUCAAAAAUACCUUAAGUAUACAACUGUGUUACAUUUUUUUAUAAUACUUUGGUGGAACAGAGCCUUAAAAAUUAAUAAAAAGUUCACAAAAUUGCUUGAAUGUGCAAUGAAACCAAAUUUGAAGUAAAUAAAACAGGUUUUGAAUGUAUAAUUUUUUUCAAAGAAAAUACUGUAUAAUUAUGGUAUGUGGGUUUAGAAAGAACAUAUGUAUUACACAGAUUGUGUUUUAUUAAUUAUCUGUAGUAUUCUUUCUACACUUUCAAUUUCCACAUAAUGCCAUUUACCAAGAAUUCGAAUCAGGAUACCUGUUAUGAUUUCUCACGGAAUGAUUUAUAUUCAAUGAAAUAUGUUUUUGAUAAAAUUGACCAAUCAGCAGGCAGCGUUUUCAUUGCCUCUUCCAUGUGACAUUUUUUAUCUGCCUAAGGUAGCAGUUCAGACAUCCAUACUUUUCCCAAUAUUUUAUGUUAAUGUAUAGCCACCUUAGUUGGAGCCGUUGUUACUGUUUAUAAUAGUGAAAGUUUAUGUGUAGUGUUAAGGGUUGUGAUAAGUUAGAGAAAGAAAAAUAAAUUUGUUUUAAGGUUCAUUUAUAGGAAAAAAUUGUGCCAUUUUGAAAGAUAAUAUUGAUUUUUUCCCUCAAAGCAUGACGAAUUUUAGUAUGAUAGAAAAAAUAAACAAAAUUGUUAAGAUAUUCACUAUGUACAGGCUGGGAAGAGCAUACAUGUAUGUGCUAUUUUCCUGCAUCAUCUAUUUGUUAAUCUAUCCAUCCGUCUCUAUGGUUUGAUGUACGAUUUCGUCCAUUUCUCAUUCAAAAAUCCUUUUACUGCAGGUUGCUAAUUUUUUGCACGUAGAACACAGUCAAAUAUUUAUGGACAGGGAGUUAGAUCAUGGAUUGAGAAACAAGUUUUCCAAAUUUCGGAUUUUUAAUUCCUCAAUUUUAUUUUGACUAAAUUUUACUUUUGAUGAAGGUUUGAUAAGUCUGUUUAUGAUGCUUCGUUUCCAACAAAAUUGGAGUACGUGAAGUAGAGCACUUCUCAACAUGUCAGUUCAAUGGUCCAUCCAAAUUUUAUUAAAUUGACACUUAAUAUGUCUUAAACAAAACAUUUUAACUAAGACUUACAACAUUUAUGGACCUAUUUUGACAAACCUGUCCUUGAAUCUACAUAUUUUAAUCUUGUUGAUGUCUUGAAUUUUAAAAGUCAAGAAUGAUAAAUAUGUUUUACUGUCAAUAUUUGUGUAUAUUUAGGGUUACAAAUUAGGGAAUCCCCGUCCUUAAUAUAGAAUUGGAUAAAGCUUCGCAGAACCUUUUUGAAAGUGUUUUAUAGUGAAAAUGUCUGUCUUUGUUACGAAAAUAAAUAAUGAUAUGAAUACAUACCAGAUGUGUUUGGGAGGGUAGGGUCCAAUUUCAGUUCUUUGUCCCUUAAUCAAAACAAAUAAUGCAUUGUCAAACACAAUGUUGCUUGAUGUUUAAAUUUGAUGUUAAUAUAUCUUGCUAAUUGAUGAAAUUUUAGUGAUUAAGUUUUUAGCAGAGCUAGGAUAUAACAUACACAGUGUUAUGUAUAAAAUGUAUGUAUAUACAUGUAUAUCAACAUUUCUCAUAAGCUGAAGAAUUUCUCUAGACACAAUGCUUAGUUGAGAAAGUAAACCUCUGUCAGCAAUGUUAGUAAAAAGAGAAUUUUCAACAAACCAAAUUGUGUUGAAAAUUCUUCUGUAGCUAAUAUUUUGUCGUCAUUAAACAUGUUUUAGAUAUGCUUAAAAUUCUCUGUAUGUUAUAAAUAAAUAAAUAAUGAAAAAAUCAG